AUGGAGAGUGUGAGAAAAGGCAUCCUGAAGAAAUAUUUGGACCCGAAAAUUGCCAAAAAAGUGGCCGAAAAUAUCUCAAAAGCACUAAUGAUGUUCGCCAUGUUCGUUUCUACGACUUUUCUUGUGUUCAAUUCAGACAACUCUCCAUACUUCUACCACCCACUAAGCGCAUUAUCUGGUCAUGUCGAGAAGGUAUCGAUGCGAGCCUAUUUGAAAAUAUACAAAUCCAAAUAUUGCAUACCGUCAACUUUAGGUGCUACGGCAAGCGACUUCAAUUUUGUCGGGAGAAUUCUCGGACCUCGGGGUAUGACUGCCAAGCAAAUCGAGUACAACACAGGCUGCAAAAUAAUGAUUCGAGGAAGGGGGUCUAUGAGAGAUAAAACUAAGGAAGAGCAGAACCGUGGAAAACCGAAUUGGGAACAUUUGAACGAAGAACUCCACGUUUUGAUCACCGUCGAGGACAUAUUGGAAAAGGCGGAAAAAAAGUUGAAAAAGGCCACAAAUGAAAUUAAAAAACUACUUUUGCCAUCGCCAGAGGGACAAGACGAACUCAAAAAGAACCAAUUGAUUGAACUUGCCAUUUUGAAUGGGACUUAUCGCGACGAGUCCAAAAAUUAUCUUGGUGUUUUUCUGACUUAUUUAUUUAAGGACGCUCCAAUUCCCACGAUCAGACAAAUCCUGCAAUUUAUUCAAAGUCUUCGGUCUCUUCGUUGCCCACAAUACUUGGUCUACUUUGAUCCAUACUCUCUUGUCAGCAAUAACGGACCAGAGGAGUCCGUACAAAAGUCAGAUGCAAAUAAUUAA